AUGACUCCGGCCAUGGUCAUGCGUCACCUGUUAGAUGCCGACGUUUUCGCCGCGGCCACUACAGAGGACCUCGGCCGGUCUCUGCGGACACCGGCAGGGUUGGCAAGAGCCCUUGGGCAAAUGCUAGACCCCCUCACUUCUUCUAUUGACUGCCCCGGUGGGAAGGCGGCUAGCAACCGAGAGAGGGGGUGGCGUCUGGCCACUCUAGAUUAUGUCCUUUGCCAUCUUCGGGAGGUUGUGGGCCUUCAGGCCCUCAACUGCAUGACCCCUCGGGCACUGGCUCUGUGCUUGGCACCCUUUCUCUUUGGCACCGUUGACAAUGCCGAGACCAACAGUCAGGUGCUGGAGUUCCUAAUUGAGCACUGGCCCCGGCUGUCAAGUGGUCUGUACCGUCGGGGCAGUCAAACGGUGUCCGCAGACAAUCCACAAGGGCCCUUCGCAGAUGCGUGUCUCUAUGCCUGUCGGUGA